CAUACUCUCUCAGUCCCACAGGAGAUGGACCAGCAUACUCUCAGUUCUACAGGAGAUGGACCAGCAUACUCUCAGUUCUACAGGAGAUGGACCAGCAUACUCUCUCAGUUCUGCCUCAAUGUGACAAUGUGGACAACUGACCAUUUGUUCUCUUUUAUUCAAACACGAAAGGAAAGUGGCAGGAGGGACGUAUCAGGCAUGCUGUUGUGCAUGAUGAUGUUGCUAGGGAGCUCAACCCCCCAGACAUCAUCAUGCAUGGAUCAAGAUCAUUCUACAUAUUUAAGGACCUGUAGAAAAUGUGACUUAAGUUUGUCCACAUGCUCUACUCCAGAUAUAAAUAUUUUUCUCCCUCAACUGAGAUCUCAGCAGACAUCAACAGAGCACCCUGGGAUCUGUCAGUUUAUGUUACAUGUAAUUUUGAAACAUUAUGGAAUAUCCUCUGCAUCCAUCUGUAAAUUAAUUGUGCAAGUUUGAUGCAAGUUUAAAAAUGGUUUAUACUUCAAAUUUUGCUUGAUAAUUUGUUAUUAAUGCCCUUACAUUAAUCUGUUUUGUGAGGUCUUACAAAAUAAUGAAAUAGAAAAUAAUAGUUUUCUCCUUUUGACAUGCUUUUGAUGCAACAUUUUUGAAAUUUUGUGGAAAGUUUUUGUGCAUAUUCAAUUUGUUAUGGUCCACUCAACUUUCACUUAAGAAGAUAUUAAUGCCGUGAUUAGUGCAAAGAUUUAUUUCACAUAGACUAACAUUUACUAAGAGCAGCUCAUUCUUUUCACUUAUGAGUCUGUAAAAUUUGCCUGUUCAAAGUUUUCUUAAUAAGGUGUAAUAUUAUGACCAGGUAAAAUUGUGUCACCAUUAUUCUUGUAUUUCAAAUGAUGUAAAGUGCAAGUGGCAUAUAGCCAUUGCUUUAGUACAUCUGAUGUUGUCUGCUAAUUUGUUUCAUCAUCUGAGAUCUAAGGAAAAUAAGAUGGCCGUCAAUACACUUGAACAUGAAGAAAAACAUGAUACAAUUUUUGUAAUUACAUUUGUGUAUUGUUAUUAUUUCAUUUUAAUAACCAAUUUGUCAGAUGAAUUGAAUACAUAAUGUAAUCUAAAUAGAUUUUGGCGGUGUUUAGUUAACGGUACAUGUACUGUAGUAGUAUAUAAUGUAAAAUUUAUUUAUUUGAAUUUCCAAUCAUGACAAUCAGAUCUGGAGUGACUCAUUAAAAACUGCAAAUGUUAUUAUGAAACAUAAAUUAAAAAUUGGACAAUGUUUUGUGCUACAACUUUAAAAAAAAAAUAGUUUUCAAAUUCUUUCUUCCGUAAAGUUAUAUGUUAGAUGUUCUACAAUUGUCAGUGCCUUUGUUACUAACAAACUGGCACAACUGUUUGAAUAAAUGUGUUUUUUAGCUGACAAUGAUGGUUCGAGUUGUGAUUUAAAUAAUGAUGGUACGAGUUGUGAUAUUGAAAUAGGUGGGAUGUUCAUAUUUGAGCAAUUUAUGAAGUACAAGCUGGAUCAUGAUGUAAAUCCAAUUAAGUCGACUUUCUCAUCUGAAAAAUAUAUAAGCUGUGAGGUAACUGACCCAUAAUACUAAAAGCACAGUAUAUUCUCUAGAAAGG